AUGAGGGAGCUGACCCACGACGGUCUAUUCGCGCCGUUCGCACGUGCGAGUUCCAGCGAGUACGUGGGCGGCUCGCGGCGAGAGCUGUCGGGGGUGAAGGAACUGGUGACCUCGAGGCGGGUGCAGAAGAGUCGGCCGUCGGGGGUCGCGAGGUCGGAUGGCGGCUGCAUCGGGGGCGUCAGUUCGGGAAGUGGCGGUGGCGGCGGCGGCGUCGGCGGCGGUGGCGGUGGUAGCGUCGGCGGCGUCGUCGCCGGCGGUCUUUUAGGUGGCUGCAGCGGCGGAAACGACGCCUUGGCGGAGCUCACGAUCGAGGAGCUGGCCUCCAUUCCAGCCGGAAAUCACACCUCCGCCAAUCACACGGGACAUCCCUCUCAUCACAAGAGGGUGCCGGGCGGAGGGGGCGUGAUUGUGGGGGGUGGCGCGGGGUCGGCCACCCCCCAAGGGGCGCAGCAGGGUAACAGUCACAAUCUGGUGUACCGCGUGGUAGGGUCGCGUGGACAUCCCGGCGGCCAUCAUCCUCAUGUGAAGAAGUCCGACAGCUCUCAACAGACCGAGAGCUCGGUCUUCAGGCAUCAGCAGCAUCAGCAGCAACAGCAGCAGCAACAGCAAAGUUCGAACGGUUCUGGCAGCAGCUCUAACAGCCAGCAAUGGAAAAAGUACAUCGAGGCGGGCGCUGCGAGGGAGAGAGACAAGGAGGGCGCGCCACCCAGCCCUAGUCCCUCCAGAAGGUCACAGGUGAGAUACUUUGAGAGGUAUUGGAUACGUGAGACCCUUUGGUUUAUAUACUCACCGUAA